GUGUAGAAAGUGAGUUAUAAGUGUGAUGUUGAGACCAACCACAGAACGAAUGAGGUUUAACAUACUUCUAAGAGAACCCAACACAGUUGUGUUUGUUGUAUCCCUACACUUUGGAAAAAUGCUUCUAAGUUACUCUAAAGCAAACCCUUUAAUUUCUCCUGUCUCUGAUUGUUUCCUAUUCCUAUAAAGCUAUGCUUUAUUCUGAAAUAAAACUCCCCAAAUGUGGUACUGAAUUGUUUUCAGUUUACAGCAGUCUGGUUGUUUUCCCAACAACUGAUCAUGUUCUUGCUUCCAAACUGCACUGUAGCUAUCUGAAACUUGAACAGUAAGUAUUACGGUCAUGUAGAGCUGUAUGGGGUUUUACAAGGGUGAUGUUAGAACUUUUCAGUGGAGUAAAAGCAGAGCGUCACAUACAAAAUUUGAAUUCCUUUUCCAGCCAUUAUUAAAUACUCAUAUUAACAGUGGUAGCAAUCAUUGCAUGAAGAACUGUGCAGUCACAAAAACAGAAGAUUAAAGCUAAUAUUACGAAGUUAUAUUUUUAGCUGUCUUUGAAGGGGAUUGGGCAGCCACUGGCAUCUGAAUAUGCAUGAGCAUGCUCGUCAUUGGAUCAGCAGAGGUUCUAGAGGCAGUCUGUAAUGUCAGUGGUAGACUACACUGAGCUUUGGGAGUAAGCAGUACAGGUACACUGCCUCUACUUUGUCAUCCUGACAGAGCUGUCAAACAAAACUCUGCUAAUGAGAGUUUUUGUAGAUGUUUAUACAACAUUGUCUUUCAUCCUGAUGUUUUGCAGUGAGUAGAAAAGACUUCAAAAACCAGCCUUCUGCGAGUCUUUUGAGAUAAGGUGGGAUUAUACAAGGAUACGAGUUCCACUUCAGGCUCUUUGGAGUUAAAUACUGAGCUGCUCCUAUUUCACUGCAUUUUUAUUUUUUUAACAAGUUUGGGUGCCCCAACUGGGACCCAGUGCAGGUCACCAGAGUAGGUGGUGUUGCUUCAUGCUCCUGCUCAGAUUCUUUGCCUUAUCACCCAAGAUUUUCACGACCUACUUAGUCCCUGUAUUUUAACCAGUGUUUUAGCCACAGACAAUUCUGUUUGUUUUCUUAUUACACCAAACUUUUUGCUUGCCACUUUUUCCAAAAUAUUGUCUUGUCUUUUGAUGUGACUUCUUCCAAGUUCCAGUGGUGUAGAGGAAGAAAGGGAGAUUGCUAGACUCAGUUGAGCAAGAAACAUUUGCGUAACACCCAUCCCUGUUUCAUUCAGAUCAAUGUGUAACAUAUUGGGGGAAAAAAUAACUUCUAACCAGUGUGAUUUAUCUUCUGUAAAUUGUACUUAAUGAAGAGCUAAUAACAAACUGAUUUUUCUUCUGAGAAGCAGAAAGCUUGUCUGAGACCUUAAGUCACUGAACUUCUGUCUAUCAAUUAGUCUAGCUCACAUAAGACUUUAACAUUGUCUAGAAACUGUCACUUCUGCAUCUGGGUCAAAGGCUGGUGGGACGAGGUAACUGUCUCCAGUUAGGCUGACAGGCUUUGCAGCGUUGGGCCCAAGGCCAGUGUGUUUUAGUAGAUCAGCUGGUACUGUUCUUAAGAUGGCUUCCAAAAAUGGCAUUCAAGUUCCAGUACAGUGAAUGGGUUCCCAGCCAGUUUUUUUUUUUUUUUCCUGUGAGUUCCUAUGCUGUGCUCUUGCAUUUCAAACAGAUGUGUUUGUUAGUGACUGAAGCUUUCAUAAGUAUUUAGGCUGGAUUUUGCUUCUGCUUGGUGAGCUCUAAUUAUACUUUUCCCUGUUUUUAUAAUAUCUGUAUCUAAACAUCUUGAAAGCUUUUAUUGUGCUGUUUCACAGACCCAGGGUUCUGAGAGUUUUUGGAAGAAGCAUGUCAAUGGGUAUGAUGCAUGAGAACUGUGACAUCACACUCUGCUCAGCCCUGGGCAGGAGAGGCUGCAGUGGGAGCAGGUACCAGGGUGGUGUGGGGAUGGCAGGUGUGCCCUGAGAACCCUUGCUUUAAGGUAAUUGUCUUUUGUCAUGUCAUGGGGGAGGGAGAAGAGGUUGUUCUGGUGAUGUUGGUGUUUUUUUGUCUGUUUUGGAAAUAGGGUAUUUUUUGAAUUACCAUUACGGUUUCCUAGCUUGCUGGCCAUUCAGACUUCCUGCUACGUGAAAAGCCAGCGUGGGGGGUGUCACUGAUUGGGUUCUUUAAGGGAAAGUGGCAUUGGGGAGUAUUGGAGAAAGGUUUGUGGUGGCCUAGGCCACUGCCAUGGUGCUGCUGGAAUCCCACAGGGAUGUGCAGGUGCUCAGCUCAGGCAUUUUCUUGCUGCAGAUGAGAAGCUGUGAGCCGGCCUCAGAGUGUGACAAUGGAGCCUCCAGACAAUGUUCUGAGCUGCCUCAAGACUUUGCUUGAGGGUGUGAGCAGAGCUGUCAUAAAACAGAAACCAGAAGACAUUGCUGGGUUUUUAGCUUCCUAUUUCCAAGAGUUCAUUGACUUCCAAAAAGAGAAUCCAGAUUUGCUUUUAACAGAAGUGGUUGAAAAAUUUGAUCUUAAGCAGGAAACUUGGAAUGGGGAACUGGAAGAGAAGACAUCAAAUCAUAAUGAGGCUUUGCUUUUUACUGAGUCCCAGAGAAAGGAAUCGUGUACUGACAGAGAGAGAGAUGAUCAUCUUGAAGACGUCACUUCACGUAGCUCCAGAGUAACUCUGUGCCCAUCACCAACCAGUUCUGUUCCAGAAAGCAUGCACCCCACUGGACCUGAUGGAGCUUUAUCCCCUGAAGGAUCUGAACUUGAGCAUGUGCCUUCUGACCCUGCCCAGCUCCCUGCCCAGGUGGAAGAUAGCAGUGGUUCUGUUUGUCUUGUGAGGGAUGUGGCAACCACUGUGCAGACUCUUCAGGAAGAUGUUUCUGCUGCCUCGGCAGCUGAGGCUUCUAGGUCACAACUAGGAGUGCAGCCUUUGUCUUCCAUGAGUGGAGAACUAGGACCCUCCAACACCCAGGUCCUUGUUUUAACAACUGAUACAAAUCAGGUUUCCUCAGACCACCUGCAGGAAGGACUCUCAUCUCUUCCACCACCACCACCUUCUAAAGAAGAGUUGCAGGCUGUGCCUUCCUGUAGUGCAACUAAGGUCAUUUCAACCAGUGAUAAACUGAUAACGGAUGCAGAGGUUCCUUCCUACACGCACCAGUUUCCAGAUAAAAUAAUCCUUUCCUUUAGUGGACAAGCUCUUUCUUCUGUAAAGCUGUCACUAAACGCAGGCCAGGUCUCAUGGCUGAUUGCUAAUGAUGCAGUGUUCCAGCCUGAGCAAAUGGAAGGCAUAGCACCGAUGGAAUCAGCUGAGCAAGCUUGUUGCUUCAGAGUGGAAUGUUCCAUUAUGGAUGGCAUGCUGAAGAACUGACACAACAGCUCUCAAAAUCUCUUAACAGCUGGGCAACUUUGAGGGUAAGACUUGAAAUGCUGGCCACAGUGAAGACCUGAGUGCAGAAGCGAUGAGGUAUCCAAUUUUUGCCCUCACCAUUUUUGCCCUCACCAAGAACCAGGCAACGCGCAGCCAAAAAAAAAAGCAUUUCUCCUCAUCUGUGCAGAUGGCUCCAGUACCACUGCCCUACCUGGGUAAUUCUAGUUGCAUACAGAAUAAAAACAGAAAGCAUCUCACUGCCUUUGUAGCUGUUCCACUAGUCCACAUUCAAGGCUUAAGCAGUGGGCUCACUGCACGCUCAGAAUGAAUGCUUUGCCCCAGCUCCUGGCGCCAGACUGCUCCUACUGGGAGGAAGAGAGGUCACUGAAGCACACUAUCCAGCAUCACUGCAGCAACUUCGGAGGCCGGCUUAGAAAGGGUCACCACUGUCAAACACCAUUCACUUUAGACUAGAUGCAAGAAGUUUUGAAGCCUUUAUUUAGUAGCAAUUAAAUUAUUCAAUUAACACUAACCUCCAGACAGCAGUUAAAAUAUUGUACAAGGAACAGCUCGCCCUCUAGAAGCUCUGUACACAGUUCAGUGUAAACUUACACUCUAAGAUUGAAUGUACCCCACUGAAAAGGGGUAAAGCAGCUGUGCACAGGAGGCCUCGCUGAAGUGCCUUCCUACCUCUGAGAUGCAUAAGGCUUCCUUCCAGGCAGCCUGCACUGUGCAGACAGUCCCACCGGGUCCCAGACUGAUCCACUUCUUGCCUGUUUGCAGUGGUGCUGGGCACCAGAACUCAUAGUGCAUUGAACAGAUUCUUUUCAAACCUGUUAUUAGUGUGCAGUUGAAAUCCAAUCCAUAGGUGUUUAAAUGGCUCUUAAUUCCUUAAACCAUAAGGCUUGUAGCAAAAAAAGGAGAGCAAAAUUCAAAACACACUGCACAAAAUAUUGAAUAAAUACCUCUGAGUAACGUCACCAGCUUAAACAACUGCAUGAAGGCUCCAGAGAUGGGCGCGCUUCUGGGAGCUCUGACCAGAGCUGAGGAUUGAAGGGAGUUACUUCAGUAAAAGAAAAGUUGCUUUAUGAAAAAUUGCCUCUGUACAAAAGUGACACACCCUUCUUUGCUUUAAGAACAGAAUAUUGCAAUGACUUUGUGUGCUUUUAGACAUUCCCAUGUCAUAAUAAAUAAAACCAGUUUUGCUUGUGCCAAUGUUAUCUACGAAAGAAGGUAUCCACAGAACAGCCAAGGUGUUCCGUUCCUCAUACACCACGACCUAAUAUAGGUGUAUUCAGCAAACCAGGCAGCUGUACAUCAUGGUGACUUGCUGACUUUGUCCACGUAGGACCCACUGCCAGCCAAAACAGUUCAUCCCCUACCUAAAGGACCGCAGUCAUGUACCGCCAGAUUUACUGCGGAGAUGCGUAAUAUUCUGUUGGAUAACAUGUUAGUUCUUUCAGGAGGUAAGUAAAAUGAGGGAAAACAUUAAAACAGAUUAAGACUUAUUUGUAUCAGCCACAGGCUUCUUAUUGCGUUUUAAUAAAUAUCAGGCAAAUUAAAGUAGUUUCUGUCCCAGUAGUUGCCAGAAUAGAGCCAGUCCUGUGUGCCGGUGUGGGGAUUGGGGCCUUGAUGGAACCAUCUGUAAGGAAACAUUCAGCAUGUUACCAAAGCUAUCCAUACAUUGCUGUAGUUCAGAACUGCUUUGCUACAUCUUCAGCUGUUGUUCAAAGUAAUUACCAUGAAUGCAGGACUCCUCUUAGUUUAAAAUCUUAAAUACAUGUUGUUUGCCAGCCAGAUUUCCCCAUUCCAACAGCACUCCAAUGGCUCCCAGGUGACAUUACUGAUACCAACAUUUUGUCCACUUGGAGCAGUCAAGACUCUCACAUAGAAAGCAUAGCUACAGUUACACUUCAAAGCAGUUGUGAACUAUCAUUUUGGCAUGCAUAAAUAAUAACAGUGUCUUCAUGACAUGUGAACACCACGAGCACUGCAGUCCUGAAAACAGAAAAACCAUUUCCCCAGGAUCUAGAUUUCCCCCAGCGUCUCAAAGCCUUGUUUUGCAACAUGCCAACUGAGAACAAGUGUGUUCACUACCCUCAGUGUA